AUGGCGAACGACACCAAGGCCCUGUUGCCUCAGGCAGCGGAGGGCCGGGUUUCCAAGCCCGCGAAGUGGACCACGAAAUCCAGGGUCUUCUUCCUCCUCAAAUUCUACUGGACGUUCUACGUCCUGUUCUGGCUGCUACCCCGCCUCAUCUGCGAGCACUUUGGGCCGUCGUCGCCGCCAGGCGGGUACGUCGACCCCGACGGCGCGUGCCCGCAGGUGGACGCGCUCGAGCCGGCAGGCGCGAACGGUGAGCUGUGGGCGAACUUGAGCGCGUUGUAUGCGGAGGACUCGUACGAGAAGCGGGCGAUCUCUUGGUUGAGCGGUGCCGUACGGGUUCCGACAGAGACAUACGAUGACAUGGGGCCUGUCGGGGAGGACGAACGGUGGGAUACCCGUGGGCCGUUCCAUGAGUAUCUGUUAGAGGCGUUCCCGACGAUACAUUCGAGUCUGAAGCUCACGAAGGUCAAUACGUAUGGUCUGCUCUACGAAUGGCCAGGCACCGACUCGACGCUCAAACCGAUCCUCCUGAUGGGGCAUCAAGACGUCGUACCGGUCAACCCUGAUACCGUAGAUCAGUGGGCACACCCGCCGUACUCCGGCUACUUUGAUGGCGAAAGUAUCUGGGGCCGUGGAAGCUCAGACGACAAGAGUGGGCUCAUCGCGAUCUUGGCUACGAUCGAGACCUUGCUCGAGCACAAAUUCCAGCCUACCCGGUCCAUUGUAUUGUCAUUCGGCUUCGAUGAAGAGGCGGGCGGACCUCAGGGCGCCAAACCGCUCGCCGAGUUCCUUCUGGACAAGUACGGGAAAGACGCGUUCGCGCUGAUCAUCGAUGAGGGAGCUGGCUACGUGGAACAGUUCGGUGGCAUCUUCGCGACGCCAGGCAUCGGCGAAAAGGGUUCCGCCAAUGUCAAAAUCGAGAUACACACCCCUGGUGGACACUCGAGUAUCCCUCCGAAGCAUACAAGCAUCGGCAUGCUGUCUUCCCUGCUCGUUCACCUCGAAGCCAACCCGUUCCCUGUGCACCUCUCCCGCGGCACUCCCGUCUACCAGACCCUCCAGUGUGUCGCCGCGCACGCGCCUGACGUCCCGCCCAAGCUGCGCCGUGCACUCGUCAAGGGCCGGAAGAGCGACCGCCAGCUGCGCAAGGCGGAGGAGAUUGUGUUCGAAAACAACGCGCUGAAGGCAUUGGCGGGUACGACGCAGGCGGCUGACAUCGUAGCGGGUGGUGUCAAAUCGAAUGCGCUUCCUGAGCAGGCGACCGCCCUUGUGAAUCAUCGCAUCGCAACGGACAGUUCCUUGAAGGACCUGCGCGCCCAUUAUCCCGGCCUCUUCAAGCACCUCGCUUCCUCCUUCAACCUCUCCUAUACCGCCUUCGACGCCACGAUCCUCGACUCCAAGGCGACCUUUGGCGACCUGAUCGUCAGCAGCCCCUACGCGCUCGAGCCGGCGCCCGUGACACCCACGGAUGCAGACGCGAAGCCGUACGCGCUACUCUCGGGCUCGAUCCGGACGACGUACGCGAAGAGGCGGGAGGCCAAGGGCCUCGAGGCGGAGAAGGUAUUCGUGGCGCCCGGAAUCAUGAGCGGGAACACCGAUACGAAGUACUACUGGGAUUUGUCCAAGCAUAUCUUCCGGUACAAUCACCAUAAUCAAGGCACCGGCGGGUUGGGACGCAUACAUACCGUGAACGAAUCGAUGGAAUCCGAGUCUUUUUUGGAGGUGAUUCUCUUCUUCACGACGCUCAUUCUCAAUGCGGACAGCGCGGACUUGUGAAGUAGGUCAAAGAUCUGCAGGAACGCAUAUGUUAUGGGUGCAGAUAACGAAACCGUGGUGUAUGAUACGUGAACCCGCAAAAAAAAAACUGAAUGGAUCUGUUAAGUACAUCAAUCACGAC